GAACGAGUUGAGGAAACGGGCGCUUGCGUGCUAACAGCGCAUGUUAGCUUAAAAAAUAAACAUCAUUAUUUUACAUUCAAUCAUUAAUGCCAAAGGACAUAUAUCGUGGCAAUGGAGGUUGUUGAACCCAAUGAGAAAAUUAAUGAUCCAAGCCUGCCUCUCCCUUCUCUUCGCCUCCUGGUGCCCCCGUUGCAGCUCCUGUCUGCGGCAAUGUGGCAGCUGGCAAAGCAGAAAGAUGUGAUGAAUUAUGAGAAGCUCCAGGAGUAUGUGUUCAUGGUGACUGAGGCGAUCCCUGGACUCAUAAACCACAGACAGAGAGCCCAGCUGAUCCUGGGUCUAAGAGCAAGGUUAAUUCUGGAGCUGUGCAAAGGCUCAGCUCGGGGAUCUGUUGAUUCUCAAGUGAUCCAGAGCUACUUGGAAAGACUCCCAAUAACAUCUACACAGAGAGAUGUAUACAGGGAUGCAGAGGUUAGGACGACAGAGUCCACUUUCAUCGCACUUGUUCAGAGCCUGCUUAAAGAUCCAGUCGAGAGAGCAUAUUUCUUCCAGGAGGUGUUCCCAGUAGAAUAUGGGCCACAGUAUGACACUGCCCUGCAUGUGUUACUGUGGGAGUUGCUGUCAAAGCUGGAAAAGCUGCUGCCAGUUCCAGACUUAAAACAGACGACAGCCUGGCUGGGCUCGGCCCCCUCUGUUUUGGAAGAAUGUGUUCAGUCAUCACCUGAAGAGCUGAGCUCGAUCUUCAAACACUACAAGAGUUCAGGGCUGCUAAAAAUGCCAUAUGGACCUUCAUCCACCAUUGGCAGCUGCAUCAUGUCUGCAUUGUCAAUUCCUCCUUCGCAAAAGACAAAUAUCUCUGUUGGACUGGAAUCAAUACACAAUUAUGCUAACGUAAUAAACCCUGUCACUUUUGUGGGAACGGACCAGUACAGUGUUGUUGCUGUUUACACUGAAGUUGAAGUCAGAGCAUCUGAGGCUGAUGAAGAGGCGAUUGAGUCCACUGAGGUGCAGGUUCAGACGGAUUUCUAUGAAGAGGAGAUCGUGGCAAUCACUGCAGAUAAUGCUGGUUGUGAGGAGGCUUACAGCUCCAGGGCAGAAGAGACGAGUGAAACAGUGGAUGUUGCUAAAGCUCUGGAGACACUGACUAAAACAUUCGCUCUGAGGAAGGAGAGUCUCAGUCAAGAUGUACAAAUGGGGAAGAGUAAUGAUGCAUCAAGUAAUGAUGAACUGCAGUCAGAAAACACACAAGAAGAAGAAAAAUCAAAUGACCAAGCUGAUGAGAAAAGAGAAAACAUUAAUAAAGGAGCAAAGGAGGACUUACAGUCUGAAGAUGAAAGGAACAAUAUGAACUCUAGUGCAGACUUAAAGGAUAACCAUGACUCCAGUUCUGUCCAUAAUGAAAUGGCAGAAGAAGAUAUGGUUUCUGAAACACAACAGUCUGAUAAUGUGCGCAGAUCCACUCGUCUGCAUUUGAAGACAUCAAGUAGCCGGCAGAAUACAUUUAAAGACAGCAUAACCUCUAAAUAUGGCACUGAAGAACCACAAUGGAGCAGAGCUGAUGUAUCACUCGCCCCCUCUGUUAUAGCCAUCAAAGGAGUGGACAAAGGUGAUUCAGGGGAGAUGACGUCGAUAAUCUUCACCUGCUCACAGUGUCCCUUCCACAGUGCAGAAAUGAACAGCCCACCUCACUUCCACAUGCAGACUGUUCGGACUGAAGAGUACAGGAGUCUCUCAGGAGCCAAAUUUAUCCCGUCUCCUUCCAGCACAGAUGAAAUCUUCACAUCCAUUAAACUUUUCCCCAAAGGUGACAUGGAGCAGGACAAAGCCGAACAGCCUUUCAGUCAAAGCAAAGUAAACAUGCCUCAGUCCCAAAGACGACAGAAAGCCUUAACGUGUGAAACAUGCGGCAAAACGUUCACCAGAACUUCAGAUGUAAGGAGGCACCAGCUCACCCACACUGGAGAGAGACCAUUUCACUGCUCACAGUGCGACCGAACCUUCCAGCACUCGUGGGAUCUGGCCAAACACAAGAGCAAACACCAUGGCAUGGACAUCUCUUUCUCCUGCCAACUGUGCGGCAACUCCUUUGCCAACCUACGUGCACUAACCGUCCACCACAAGAAGUCUCAUUCACAGGAGAGCCAGCUUCCUCAGAUCUGCUCCAUCUGCAGCCAGAGCUUCCCCACAUCCUCCGAGCUGCUUGAACACAGGAAGUCCCACGUUACAAGUAAACGCUACAUCUGCCAGCAGUGUGGCAGUGGCUUUGACACCCUUCUUGCUCGCUCCCAGCACCGACGGAUUCAUCAAGUGAAGCGUCAGUUUAAGUGUCCACACUGUGAGAAGACAUACACACGAAGAUCUGACGUGAAGAGGCAUUUAUCUACACACACAGGAGAGAGGCCUUACCAGUGUGACCAGUGCAACAAACGCUUCACGCUUCGCUUUAUGCUCAUGAAACACCUCCGUGUUCACACAGGAGAGCGGCCUUUCCAAUGCUCCCACUGCCCCAAGAGGUUCACACUGGUGUCUGUGAGGGCCAGACAUGAGAGAAUGCACACUGGGGAGAAACCUUUCCUCUGCUCUCAGUGUGGGAAGGGCUUUUUAUCACAAGGGGAACUUUCAAAACAUCACAGAUCCCAUGUAGAUGACAGGCCUUACUCCUGUAACCAGUGUGACAAACGCUUCAAGAGCAAGAAAACCCAACAGGAGCAUAUCAUCUCCCACUCAGGGGCCCGCCCGUACCCCUGCACCUACUGCGGUAAAUGCUUCACCAAACCGUACGCACUCACCAGGCACAAUCUCAUCCACACAGGAGAGAGGCCGUUCCCCUGCGGACACUGUGAGAAGUCGUUUCUCACGCUCAGCGAGGCGCAGCUGCAUCAGCGAAUUCACACAGGAGAGAGGCCGUAUCCCUGCAGCAUCUGUGAGCUCAAGUUCAAGAGCUCGUCAGAGCUAGCACGACAUAAACGCAGCCACUCAGGGCUCAGGCCGCUGAAACCAAACUGUGAGAAGUGCAUGAAAACAUUUGCAUCCAAGGCAAAGCUGAAGAAACACAUGGAGACACACAGAGAGGAAGGAGAAGUAGCAGUGUCUUUAUACACUGUACCUAAUGAGUCAAGUAAUUAAACCAAAAAUAAUAUCUUUGUGAACAACUGUGACAAGUUUUCAUCAGGGGAGGUUAUAUUUAAUGCAGAUUAAGGGAGGAAUGUUGCUGAACAGCAACACGUCUUAACAUAGUGAUAAUAAUCACUGCUUGGAUCUUGGUGCAUUUUUCCAUCCCAUAAUCGCUCAGAUAUUUUUAAAAGCAGUUAUGAGACAAACUCCACAGAUCAGUUUUAAACUUUUAGUUCUACUCUCUUCGCUCAGCUUUUCUUUUGAGUGUUUGUUUUUUUAACAGAAAACUUAAAUUAUGUUUAAAUCAUACAAAUGGCUUAUUUGACAUGAAACAAGUGCA